CGAGAGACUACGACGCGCACUGCGAGGAUUUGAAGGCCUCUUCGCGAAAGCGUACAAAUUGUGCCCGCGAUGCAUGCAUGUGCGGCUUUCGGGUCCGUCUCCCGUCUGUUCCUUCCUUUCCACUUCUCCGGAAAACGCGGUCUUCGCCCUCUUGUUUCUUUUCUGCCUUCCACCCUUGACCUCAUUUUUCUGCUUUCCUUUCGUUUUUUCCGGCCUUUUCCCUUCUCCUUUGCCUCCGUGUAUCAACUCUCGCGGUCUCCAGAACAGACUGCGGCUACUGCCUGCAUCCUUUGUUUCUUCCGCCACGUCGUCUUACGUUUUCCCCUUUCUUCUUUUCACUCAGCUUCUCCUUACUGUGGAGCUUCCCCGUUUCGAAAGACGUCUGGACACCCGAGUCAACACUCCUCUUUCUCCUCGGCCCUCUCCGGCGAUUUCCUCCCAUUUCUCCUCGUCGUUUGCCUCGCCGGCCGCUGCUCUCUCGCUUCUUUUCUGUCCGGUUUUCCUUCGUCUCCGUCCAUCUCUAUCCGCCUUUCGACAGGUGAUGCCGCAAGCGUUGUGUGUGGCGUUGACACGCAGUCUCUGCCGCCUGUUUUCUCCUCCAACUUCCCGCACCUGCAACCGCAGAAGCCUUCGUCCACGUACCUCUUCUUUCUCUCUUUGGCUUCUGUCGCUUUCCCCAAAAGCGUUUUUCGUCUCUUGUCCCUGAGUGUAUGGACGCACUGAACAGCGUCUCUGUCUCGUCACUUUCCUGUCCGGGGUCCUGUCCCGGGUGAAAACACACGAACUCUCUCGCGUUGGUUGCCGCUCGAGCGAAGUCUGUCUUGGCGGUCGCCCCCGCAUUUUCUCUCGCUUUUCCGCGCUUUUCAACUCUCGAGUUCCGUGAAAGAAAUCUGUUCCAGCCACGGUAUCUGCGGAGAUACCCGAAGCCACGAAAUCGGAAGAGCCGACUCGCCCCGUUGUCUCCGUGGUCUGUUUCUCCCAGGCUCCUCACCAAAGUCCAUCUUUUCAGAAGUUCACCUGUUUUUGCGACGGUUUAUACUGGUCUGUCGUUCUCACUUUUCCUACGCAGUUUUUCGUCGCGACUCCCUGCUCUGUCAAUUCGCUGAAAGUGGUGACCCGCGGACCCCAACUGGCUGGUCGAUCAACUGAGGCUGGUGCCCUCUCUGGUCUCUGCUGUUCGGACGUUUAAGCCGCCAUCCAAUCUUCCAUUCCUCUGUUUUGGCCUUUUUCGCGCUCUCUUUUCCUUCCCGCAUCGAUUCCCGUCGAGCGCUUUUACGAACGCGGAUCCUGUGGUUCGCGCUGGUCUGUUUUCGCUCCCUCCUCCCCUUUUCCGUGGCUAUCCUCUCCGUACUGGCACUCUCGCCUUCUUGUCCCUGCGUCAUCCAGCUCUCCAGAAUGGCGUCUCUCGUCUGUGCGAUCUCUGGAGUCAUUCCGGAGGAGCCUGUCUUCUCUGUCAAGACAGGACUCAUCUACGAGAAGCGCUUAAUUAAAAAGCAUUUGGAGACCAGUGGAGUCUGCCCCGUGACCGCGCAGUCCCUGAGCGAAGCCGACCUCGCAGACGUCAAGUGCCCGAAGGCGUCUCGUCCUCGCCCAGUGACUGCUGCAUCGAUUCCUGGCCUUCUCUCGCUCUUCCAGAGUGAAUGGGAUGCGACGAUGACGGAAGUCUUCGCUCUCAAGCAGCACCUCGAAACGGCUCGACAACAACUGAGUCAGUCUCUGUAUCAACAGGACGCAGCGACGCGAGUCAUCUCUCGUCUUCUUCGCGAGCGCGACGCCAGCCGCCAGCAAGUCCAUGCCCUGCAGCAGCAGUUGCUUCAGGCUCAGAAGCGAGCUGCGGCAUCUGCAGCUGGAGGAGACGCUGACGAAGAACCGGGCCUCUCUGAGGAACUUGUGCAGGAGAUGCAGGCGCUGGCCAAGCAGCUCUUGGUGGCGCGGAAGAAGCGCCAGAUCGACAACGUGUUGCCGGCCUCUCGCGCUGCGUCCUUCAAGUGUACCUACAGCCUGCCGCUCCAUUCGUCUGCGGACCGUGGUGUUCUGUGCUGCGAAUUCGAUCCGAAGAACCCGAAAACCGUCACGGCGACUGGUGGCUACGACGGAAACGUCAUUCUCUUCGAUCUGGAGAAACAGAAAACGCUUCACAAGUUGACCGGACACACCAAGGCUGUUCGCAGCGCGAAGCUGCACGUGACGGAGCCUGUCGUGGUGUCGGCGUCCGACGACAAGACCGUCAGAAUUUGGAGAGCAUCUGGCGACAGCCCGUACAAGACUGCAGCGACUAUUCGCAAACACCGCGGCGAGGUUACUUGCCUGUCUCUGCAUCCCCUCGGCAACUACUUCGCUUCUUGUGCUGCAGACAAGACCUGGGCCUUCUCCGACAUCCAAGAAGGCAGGUGCCUCCAAAUGCAAAAGAACCUUCCUUGCCAGUACAAAUGUGUAUCCUUCCACCCUGAUGGUAUGAUUCUUGGAGGCGGAGGUGUGGACGGCAGUGUGCACAUUUGGGACAUGAAAGGCUUGGCGUACCGUGCGGCCUUGAAGGGACACAGCGGAUCCAUCAAUCAACUCGCUUUCUCGGAGAACGGCUAUUACCUCGCCACCGCGAGCAGUGAUGGAACAGUGCGCCUGUGGGAUCUGAGGAAGUCUCUGUCUUUCCAAACGAUCGACAUGAACGAGGCGAACCCCGCAGAGGGCGACAAGCAGAAGCCAGAAGCCACGUGCGUCACCUUCGACAAAAGUGGACAGUACAUUGCAUGCGGAGCGACGAACAAUGCGAUUGCUCUCUACCAUUUCGAAGCGCGAGCUGCGGCGGCCAACGUUAUCAAUCUGUUGGACCACACGGACAAGGUGACAGACGUCAAGAUUGGAGAAGGCGCUGCGAUGCUGCUCUCUUCCUCCAUGGAUCGCACUGUGCGCGUGUGGACCCCCGCGGAGGAAGACGAAGAAUGAGAGAGCGCGAAGAAGGCUGCACGCAGUUUCACUCUUUUCUCCGGUUCCCCUCUGUUUCUUGUAUUGUCACUUUUUUCGAGUAAAAUGGGGGCGUGUGGGACAGGGCGACUGGGUCAGUGCUUCCGCUUGGUUCGAUGUCGCCGCGGCGCGUUGUAGGGAUAGUGAUACAGACCGACAAAACAAAAAGGGCAGAAGGGAAGCAGAGUCGAAUUUGUUGAUGCUUUCUGUCGCCUCUCUUUUCCUCCAUGUUUUCUCUCUGUUUCGAUUCGUGUUCUGCUCUCGGGAAGCUUCAUCCUGCUUCUCGGUUUUUUCGGGUCCCCUCUAUCUGUGGUUGGUUUCUUCCUCGUCUAAAUCCCUGCUAUCUGUCGUUCUACCGGGUGUCCACACAUCCGCGGUUUUCGUCUCUUCUUUAUUUUCUCUUGUCUCGCUUUUCCACCUUCCGCCGCUGGAAAGGCGUUGAUGUCUAUCGUCGCUGUGAGAGAGACCGAGGUCGCAGGAAUGUAAACGUUACCGCACGAGGACCCGCCACUCAGGUCCAUAGGGUCUAGUUCGUUUCUUUCUGGUAAACGUAUGAAGCGACAUAAGCUUCGUGUUCCAUCUUGUUUGUAACUGGUG